AUGGUUUUGUCUGAAGAACAUGAUGAUGGAAAAUGGACCUUGUUGUUCGACGGGGCCUCAAACAUAAUGGGGCAUGGGAUUCGAGUCGUUUUAAUAUCUCCCAAAAAAAAGUUCAUACCUAUCACAACGCAAUUGUGUUUUGAUUGUACCAAUAAUAUGGCAGAAUAUGAAGCUUGUGCCAUGGGAAUUUUGGCGGCUUUGGAAUCAAAAGCGAAAGUUUUAGAAGUAUAUAGAGAUUCAGCCCUAGUCAUUAACCAGCUUAACCAAGAAUGGGAAACUCGAGAUAAGAAGUUAAUACCUUAUUUUACCUACAUAAAAGAAUUAUUUUUAGAAUUUGACAAAAUCACGUUUCACCAUGUCCCUCGAGAAGACAAUCAAUUGGUUGAUGCUUUGGCUACUUUAUCAUUUAUGUUCCAAAUAAAUCAAAACGAUGAAAUCCCAUCAAAUAAAAUGGAGAGUCGAGAUUAUCCAGCCUACUGCCAUGUCAUGGAAGAAGAAACUGAUGGAAAACUGUGGUAUCACGACAUCAAACACUAUCUUAUAAAUAGAGAAUAUCCUCCUGGAAUAUCGGAGAAUGAGAAAAGAACUCUGAGACGGUUAUCCGCGAGCUUUUUUGUGAACGAAAAUAUUUUGUAUAAAAGGAAUCACGAUAUGGUACUCCUCAGAUGUGUUGAUGUCAAUGAGGCGAAAGAAAUUCUACAAGAUAUCCACGAUGGCUGUUAUGGGAUCCAUAUGAGUGGACACGCCAUGUCUAGAAAGAUUCUUCGGGCCAGAUAUUAA